AUGUACGAAGCAUUCUCAACGCCGGGACGUCGAUAUCAUUUGAUGCCGAUACCCACUUCGACGGCAUGGUCUGCGCUCGUCGCUUCGCAGCUCAACCCGGCCGAUACGCACAACCCUGAGCGCUUCAUCGUGGCUCUACCGCUGGCCUCGGUUGCCCGUAGAGAUACACUGGCCUUUUCCAAGCACGCCAGUCUUGGAGGACAAAUUCUGGCAAAAUCAAGCAUCGGAGUCGCCAACAUCGAUCGAACGAUUCGAACAAGCCUUGGUCAGUCAGCAGCCAGUCACAUGAGUUUGGAAGUCCUUCACUCCUGGCGGCGCGUUGUCUACCUCCCGAAGGCCUUUUUCUUCAUCGCCGCGCCUUCACCCCGACUUGCCAGGCCACGAUUUCUUGCCGCCGUAGGCGACUACUAUCAGCAAUGA